ACAUUGCUCAAGUCCCUGAAGAUGCUCCUGAAAGAAAUGCAGCAGGAUUACACAUGUGCGCAUAUGGAGGAUGUGCUGAUAGAGACCUCUUGGAAUUACCAUAGGCCUCGUGGAACUGAACAGGACGCUCUCAACUUUGCGUGCCUCCAUCGGCAUUUAAAUAAAGGAUUGACACAUAUAUUCGAAUUAGUCAUGAAGAAAUUGUGGGACGGAUUUCAUGAAUACGAAAUGUGGCGGAAGGCAGUGGCGAUGUUUCGUGAAUUUAUAAGGACUUUCCCGACGGCCUUUUGUGGAUUUAUAAGGUCUUUUGUGACAACCUUUUGUGGAUUUAUAAGGACUUUUCCAUCGACCUUUUGUGGAUUUAUAAGGACUUUUCCAACGACCUUUUGUGGAUUUAUAAGGACUUUUGUGACGAUCUUCUUUGGAUUUAUAAGGACAUUUGUGCAAAAAAAAGGGCUGCUUUGGAUUUUUGUGCUCGGCAUUUCUGGAUGGAGCACGGUUACCAUAUUGGUUCUUUUAAAAAACAGAUACGAAACGGACUCCACGACCAUAGGGCUGUCGACUGCCUAUCUUCGCUGGACAAACACCUUCCCAUCGAUUGCAAUCUGUUUGACAAAAACGCAAUCGGGAAGCGAAUUCCAGGACGCAAUAAAGAAACGUUUUGGUCCCAAAAUACCCUACGUCAUAAUAAGAAGUUUAUACUCAUAUAUUUUUGUUAACCCUAACAGCAUCAACGCAGCAUCAACCGCUUGCAAGAAGCCGAACUCGUGCAAUUUUGAUAUCUUUGAAUUAAGAAGAGAGUUCUUUCCAACAAAUUGCACUGUGAUCUUUGAGAAAGUAUACUUUCGUGAAGAAUUGCAGCCAGAUUGCGAAGAGAUAUUCAAGUUUCAUGAGACGGAAAUGGGCUACUGCUUUCUGGCAAACAAUCUAUUGGACUAUAAGUCUAUCGAAGAGAUGCCUCUCAGGUAUUCUUCGUUGGAAAAACACCGAAAUCUGCGAUUAAUUUUACGACGAUCUCCAAUAUAUGGGUAUGAGUUGUACGUCAACAGCCCUGAGGAUCUUCCCUUCUUCAAUGCCUUGUCCUACAGCAUCUCACACGAACCCCAAGUACACGCCUUCAACGUCGAGGAGAUUGACAAUCACGAAGGCGUCAUCGACGAGCCUGUUUCCCAAAGGAAGUGCAAGUUCCCAAGCGAAAGUUCCGUCGAGGGGUUUCCUUACAGCUUCUCGACCUGCAUGUCCAUCAUCCGGAGUAAGUUUGAAAUGGAACUGUGCAACUGCUCUUUAUUCAGCCCCCAGAAUCGCAACGAAAGUAUCUUUUGCGGAAUGUUGGAUCUCCAAUGCUUGGACAACGCAAAGUUGGCAUCUAGAGUGAAGGAUUACGUUGGACAGAACAUGGCUUGCUUGCCAUCCUGCGUGGAGCAGCAGAUAAGUCUAGUGGGGUCCCAACUAGAUAAAAACAGCUCAUAUAUGAAUCAAGAAAACGUCGUCGAUAUUCAAAUAGCCUCUCCACCCACAGCGAGAUAUCACCGAACAGUCACCCAGACCAAACUGGAUCUAAUAGUUGGCAUCGGAAGUGUGGUAGGACUCUUCUUCGGCGCAUCCCUGCUGAACCUCUUGGAGAUCAUAUCGUACUUCAUAAAGACGGUCAAGACUAUGGUUUUUGCCCAACUCUGAAAAGAAGAACAUGAGACAGCAUUCUCCCGCACGUGGCAUUUGCUUACAUUCUUAUGGAGGGUAUGUCAGGAGAGCUCCUCAUUUUGUCGGAGGACUUUGCUCUCAGGUAGCGGUGCUUGAUAUCGACGCCAGAAUGUUCGUCCUGCAAAGGAACAGCAUAUGGACUCCACUUAGUUAAGCUCUGGAUUGAUGUCCGUUUACUCACAUCUCUCAUGUUGUAGGUUAUUACCAAGUUGUUGACGAAGCUCUCCAGGAAUUCCGGAUAAGAGUCCAGUACGUCCAGCAAGUCGUCCCUGUGCAGUUUAUGGAUAUCACAAUAUGUCAGUGCUCUCACCACACCGUUCGACUUCCCGACCGUUGGUUUUAAUUCAGCUAUCAAUUGAUCACUGAGCUCGCUUAACUCACCUAGUACAACAAUAUUGCCGGCUCUCUGGAUUUCUAUGGACCCCCUGGCUAUGAAAAACAAGGAGGUGAGUACAUCUCCCCGGUGGACUAGAAUAUCACCAGGCGGAGCAUGAGUUGUUUUAAACUUGAGGGAGAACGCUCUGCAAUUUGAAAAACUAGUUCCUCCUUCUUGCGAAUGUCGUGGCACGCAAACUCACCGUAGGCAACCAGGACUUGCCUCCGAGAAAGCCGCGCAUGUCGUCAGCAACUUUCUGUUCAGGUGCAGGCAAAUGUCCGCUUGCAGGCACUCGGGGAAUCCCUUGAGCAGCGAGUUCAUGUCGAUGCCAUUCGUAUCUAGAAGGCAGUGCAUUAGCAUGGGAAAAGAUAUGAUAAAAUGAUAAAUAAUGAUUACAGGUCCACGCGUGCUGAAAGUACUCCUCCAGUCGCUGCCUGAGCGGGUUGGGAAUCUGCAGAAGAGGAAGGUGCUCAGUUCUAUGCUAUACUAUGCUAAAUAAGGAUGUGCGUGCUUGGUACCUGGUGGAAGCGAAUAAACUCCCUAACGCGCAGCAUUUGGGUGUGAUAUCUGGCGGUUCCAGAGUAUAGCCUUUGAAUAAUGGCAGAUACGUUUCCAAAAAUACUUGCAUACAUAAGAGCUUGAAGAGGAAAUUAAAGGUCUCAAUACACGUAUUUAGAGAAAUAUAUCGAGGUUGCCUACAUCCAACGAGCAUCACGCAAAUAGUAAAUGCCUUUUCAGCAUCAGUAUUCGGUGCCACAUUGCCAAAUCCCACGGAAGUGAGCGAGGUGAACGUGAAAUACAAAGCUGUGAUAUAGCGCGACUGAAAGAGGAUCGUUUUAGAGUCAUGCGAAUCGUUUAGGUGGUCGAAGGGAAGCUCUACCUUUAUAGAGGGACCACCAGUUCGGUUGUCGAAAUAGGGUUCUUGAAUAUCGUAGGCCAACGAAUUGAGCCAACCGAUGUUCUUGGAAGCGAUAGACUUUUCCGCAUUUCCAAUCGCAUACCUUAAAUAGAGUUAAGCAAUUCCAAAAACAAAUCGACUAAUAUCAGGCUAGUUUACCAAAUGCAUGCCAACCAAUGGGCAAUUAAAAUAAAGGUCGCCAUCAACAAAAUAAGAACUGCA